AUGAAGGCCCUCUCGAGCCUGCCAAUCUGGAGGAGAGCUCCUUCAGCGGGCUCGCUGCUCGUCGGCAUCCUCGUCGGUCUCCUCGUGGCUUCGUUCUUGCGAGGAAGCAGCGACAACUCGACUGAAUGGCGCGGUACCGGUUCCAAGCAGCUCCGCCCAAACGCGGUUGGCGGCAACCGCCUAGCCCGCUCGCAGAUCCAGCUGCCAUCGAUAGAGCAGCGCCUGCGUAUUCUGGAGCUUGUGGGAGAUCUCUCACAGCACCACACGCGCGAGUGCACGCGCAGCCCCCAGUCGCUGUACGUCGACCAGGUCAAGGACCGUUACGCGCCCCUUAUCGGCUACAAGCCCAGCAAGAGCAGGAGCUGGCUCGGUCGUCUCCUGGGCGGCUCGUCUGACAAGGACAAGCUCAACAUUGGCGGCAACAACAACAACGAGCACCCCUUCUCGCGUCGUGACCAGAUCCGUCGCGACCUCACCCCGGCGACCAAUGGCCAGCAGCACAAGUACUUCUUUGCCAUCAACCUGUACAACUCGUUUGACGUUAUCCCCGACUUGUUCGCUACCCUCUUCCGCACUGCUGCCGUUCUUGGCUACCACAACGUGUUUGUGUCCAUUUACGAGAACGGUUCGACCGACCAGACCAAGGCCCUGCUCAAGAUCAUGGACGCGCUCGCGCGCACCGUCGGUCUCCGUGUCGUCAUUCGUUCGUCCAUGCGUACCCGUGGAGCCUUCAACCACCGUAUCGAGUACCUCGCCGAGGUCCGUACCUCGGCCAUGCUUCCCCUGCACGAACUGCGUGACAACGAGGGCGAGGUCUUUGACUCUAUCGUCUUCAUGAACGACAUUCUGCCCUGUGUCGACGACAUUCUCGAGCUCAUCUGGCAGUCGCGUCGCCAGAACGCCGGUAUUACCUGUGCCGCCGACUACAUGUACCACGACGACAUUGGCUCGCCCGUCUUCUACGACAACUGGGUCGCCCGUGACAUUAACGGUACCGCACUGGAGAACGCUCCCUUUGAGCAGGUCUUCCACCACAUCGAGUCGAGCAACCGCUUCCAGCGUCACCUCCCCGUCCAGGUCCAGUCGUGCUGGAACGGUGUGGCCGUCCUGGACCCCGCCCCCUUCUACGAGGUCCCCCCCGUCAAGUUCCGCAUGGCCGACCUCGCCCACGGCGAGUGCUCCGCUUCGGAAUGUUCGCUCAUCUGCAACGACUACUUUGCCAAGGGCUACGGCCGUAUCCAGAUGGUGCCCCGUGUCAAGCUUGCCUAUGACAAGAAGGUCUACGACAUUAUCCACCCGGAGCGCAAGAACCUCACCGCCAUCCGUGGUUACAAGCGUAUCGGCGGCCUGCCAGACGACCCCAGGACGGACCCCCAGGACCGCGCUUGGUACGGCCCCCACGACCGUCUGUUCACUCCCGAAGAGGAUGAGGCUGUCAACUUUAUCGCCGGACCAGAGUAUGUUUGGUGCUGGGGCUGGGACGGUGCCGGUGACCUUGACGGCCCCGACGUCGACCCCAUCUGGGAGAAGCAGACCACUCGCGCGUACUCGAAGGAGGCUGUCGAGGUCAAGCACUUCCGCAACCUUCCCGGGCAGCAGUAG